AUGCCGUCCAUGGAUGAACGUGAGCUCGCCUCGCGCGUCAAGGCGCUCACAAAGUGCGUCGCUGCGAACGAACCCCCCGAGAACGCCAUCAAGCUGCUGGAGUCGCUCAAGAAGGAUGCCUCCCCCACCGAGGAGAUGCUGAGGGCUACAAGGGCCGGUGUCUUUGUCGGCAAACUUCGCUCCAAUUCCAACAAGGAGAUCGCCCGCGCCGCCGCCGAACUCGUCACCAAAUGGAAGAAGCUUGUCGAGCAAGAAAAGAAUUCGAAGCUCCACAAGGCCAAGAUGGGCUCGCCUGCUCCCGCUCCCACCUCGUCUCCGGCCGCUCCGCCGCCGUCGUCGUCCGGUGGUGCCAAGAAGGCCUUCAAGGGCGACCCCGAGAAGCGCAAGUACGACAGCGAUGGUGUGGAUAUCAAGCGCACCGAUUCCACUGUCCGCAACCAGUGUAUCGGUCUCAUCUACAACGGACUGGCUUAUCGCUCAACUGCCUCCGAGUCCGACGUCAUCGCAAAGGCCGUUGCUGUUGAGCACGCUGCCUACACUCGCAACAAGGGAGAGACGCCCGAGUAUAAGAAGAAGAUUCGAUCGCUCUUUACCAACCUCAAGAACAAGUCCAACAAGGACCUCGGCCGCCGUGUCAUGAGCGGCGACAUCUCGGCGGACAGGUUCGUGGUCAUGACGGAUGACGAGCUCAAGAGCGAGGACCAGCGCAAGAAGGAGAUUGAGCUGGAGAAGGAGAACAUGAAGAAGGCUCAGGUGCCCAUGGCGGAGAAGAGUAUCAGCGAAGAUCUCGAGUGCGGCCGCUGCAAGAAGAAGAAGGUCAGCUACACGCAGGCCCAGACGCGAGCUGCCGAUGAACCGAUGACGACCUUUUGCGAAUGCAUGGCUUGCGGACACCGAUGGAAGUUCUCUUAA